AUGCAUAUCUAUGGCCUUUCUCUUGCUUUGCUCUCUACAGGAGCCUUUUGCCGGUCUCCGUUGCCAGAAAAGCCUCACCUAGAGCGACGGGCCACCACCGAGAUUCCAUCCGACUCCUUCAACGACCUCGACACGUACUGGAAUAAUCUGUACCCCUGGGGGGAUACACACAAUGGAGGAUCCCGCAUGGACGCCGACCACGUCAGUGUUAGCGACGGGGUUCUCACCCUGACCGCAGAGCCUGUAUCCGGCGAGGAGGAUCCAAUCCAUUACCUCUCUGGGGCUAUCCAUGCAAAGUCAACCUUCACCGUCGAGGCUGGAGGUGGAUACGACGUGAGCGGCGAGUUCAUCGCGCCUGUAGCCACGGGCACCUGGCCGGCAUUCUGGCUUAAUGCUGCGAGCGGAUGGCCGCCAGAGAUCGAUGUGGCUGAGUGGAAAGGCUCUGGCAAGAUCUCUUUCAACACGUUCAACACGUCUGACGAGGUGACGGCGCUGGAUGUCGACUACCCAAGCCCCGAGGAAUGGCAUUCUGUCAAGGCGGAGAUCCGUGAUGAGAACGGGGCUGAUGUCAGUGUAAACUUCUAUCUUGAUGGGGAGCUGGUGACGACCCAGUACGCGAAAGACUAUGUUGGCCAAGGGCUACGACUUAUUAUCAAUUACCAGACUGAAGGUUCUUCUGGGUCUCCGGGGCCUACAGAGACAACGACUUUCCAAAUUCGCAAUGUCGAGGUCAUCAGCCAAAAUCCAUGA